AUGUCCAGCAAACCAAUUGUCCUGGUGACCGGUGCGAAUGGCUACAUUGCCGGGCCCGUCAUCGAAGCUUUUCUCAAGGCAGGCUAUGCUGUUCGUGGAACUGUUCGCUCAAAGUCCUCGGCAGAUCCCCUAUCCCAGACAUUGUCGCACCAGGUGCCUUCGAUUCUGCGGUCAAGGGUAAGCGCCUCUUCUAUCUACGAGGACUUGAAUCUCACAAUAUCAGGUAUUCAUGCUAUUGUACAUCUUGCUGCUGGAGUGAGUCUCAGCUUUACAGACCCCGAACCUGUCCUUGAAGUCGCUAUUCAAGGGACACUGGGUGUUCUCGAGUCUGCCAUCACCGAGUCAUCCGUCAAAUCCGUUGUGCUUAUGUCCUCUAUUGCCUCUAUCAUAAACGGCAGCAAAGAAGCACCUGCUAGAUUUACAGAAGCAGAUUGGAAUGAUGAAGCUUUGGAAGCUGUUAAGAAGCUCGGAAAAGAGUCACCCAGUCUUUUGAUCUAUGCUGCGAGCAAGGUGGCAAGUGAGAGAGCCUUUUGGAAGUUCCGUGACGAAAGAAGCCCCUCUUUCACUAUGACUGCUCUCAAUCCAGUUUUUGUCAUGGGACCGCAACCAGGCCUUGAGUCCACCUCAAAGAUCGGCGGAACAACUGCCUUCAUCUGGCAGAUACUUUCGGGUCAAGAGAUACCAAAGCCGUUGACACCAAAUCCCGGCUAUGUUGAUGUCCGUGAUAUUGCACGAGUUGCUGUCUUCAGCGUCGACCACCCCGACAAGGCAAACGGGGACCGAUUCCUGUUGGCUUCAGGACUUGUUCCUCCCCAGGCUGCUGCAGAUGUUCUUCGUAAAGUAUAUCCAGAGAGACAAGACAUUAUUAAGGCUGGAACUCCUGGGCAGGGAUACUUUCCCGGCUACGAGUUUCCCGAGGACAGAGUUCUUGAUGCUUCGAAGGCAGUCAAAUUGACAGGACAAGACUUUUACCCUGUCGAGCAGACAAUUAUUGACACGGCCAAGUCUUUUGAGAAGUUUCUAUAG